UUUAGGAGUACAGAGAGCAUGAUGUCUUUAGGCUCUGCUCCUUCAGCUAAAACAGGUUGGAGGACUACUCGGACAUUUGAUCUUUCUUGAAUUGCAGUGGCUGGCAUUUUCUGAAUUGUAUUGCAAGGCAGAGGUCCUGGGUUUGAGCAAUCAGUAUCAGCUGAAUCAGGAGGAAGUGUUACUUGCUAAGCCUUUAAACCACCAGCAGUGUUAGGUCAGGACAGUCUGUCUCACCCUAACUCCAUCUCCCUACACACGCACAAACACAAUACACACAUCCCCUGGGCUUUGGGGGCUUUGUCAAGAGGCUCUGUUGUGAAAGUCACUGGAUGCCUCCUUGGAGAGAUGUAAGAGAGAGCACCUCUUUAAGAUCAGACUGAGAGACUGAGAACAAAGCGGGGAAACACAUCAAAGUCCAGGAUUUAAGAGGAUCAGCCACAGACAGACUUCCAGUACAGCACAGGUCCAGAAGAUAUUGUGGAAGUGAAACCAGGAAAGAUUGGCUCUGCUUGAUUCAGCACAGCUCAGUAGUAUGAAAAAGGCAGAGCAGGCAUCAGAUGGCACACAGACAGCAGAGCUGGGGACAGACUGGCAGAGACAGGGCGUCUCAGGCGGCCUGUUCAUCAGAAACACGGAUCAGGAAUACACAGCAUUUCGCCUGGCCAUCUUCCUGCACAAUACUAGCCCCAACGCAUCCGAGGCCCCCUUCAACCUGGUGCCUCAUGUGGACAACAUCGAGACGGCCAACAGCUUUGCUGUCACCAAUGCCUUCUGCUCGCAGUACUCGCGGGGCGUAUUCGCCAUCUUUGGCCUGUAUGACAAGCGCUCGGUGCACACACUGACGUCGUUCUGCGGGGCGCUGCACAUCUCCCUCAUCACGCCCAGCUUCCCCACCGAGGGAGAGAGCCAGUUCACGCUGCAGCUUCGGCCCUCCAUCCGCGGAGCGCUGCUCUCGCUACUAGAUCACUACGACUGGAACAAGUUUGUCUUCCUCUACGAUACGGACCGGGGUUAUGCCAUACUGCAAGCCAUCAUGGAGAAGGCGGGCCAGAACAGCUGGCAGGUGAGCGCCAUCUGUGUGGAGAAAUUCAACGACGCUGCCUACCGGCGCCUCCUGGAGGACCUGGACCGACGGCAGGAGAAGAAAUUUGUCAUCGACCUGGAGGCCGAGAGGCUCACCAACAUGCUGGAGCAGAUUGUCAGCGUCGGAAAACAUGUCAAAGGCUACCAUUACAUCAUGGCUAACUUGGGGUUUAAGGACAUCAACCUAGAGCGCUUCAUGCACGGAGGGGCCAACGUGUCGGGCUUUCAGCUGGUGGACUUCAGCAACCCCAUGGUCAUCAAGCUGAUGCAGCGCUGGAACAAGCUGGACCAGAGGGAGUACCCAGGCUCCGACAGCCCCCCGAAGUACACGUCGGCUCUGACGUACGACGGCGUGAUGGUGAUGGCAGAGGCCUUCAGGAACCUGCGUAGGCAGAAGGUUGACAUCUCUCGCCGGGGCAACGCUGGGGACUGUCUGGCUAACCCCGCCGCCCCCUGGAGUCAGGGCAUUGACAUGGAGCGCACCCUCAAACAGGUCUGGCUGCAGGGAUUAACAGGUAAUGUCCAGUUUGACCACUAUGGACGCAGGGUCAACUACACCAUGGACGUGUUUGAGCUGAAGAACAACGGACCCAGACGAAUGGGUUACUGGACGGAUUCAGACAAGCUGGUUCUGAUCCAGAAUGAAGCCCUCAAUCCCAACGAAAUCAUGGAGAACAGAACUGUCGUGGUCACCACUAUCAUGGAGGGUCCCUAUGUCAUGUUGAAGAAGAACUGGGAGCUGUACGAGGGCAACGACCAGUAUGAAGGCUACUGCGUGGACCUGGCCUCGGAGAUAGCCAAACACAUCGGCAUCAAGUAUAAGAUCGCUAUCGUUCCUGACGGAAAGUACGGCGCCCGGGACCCGGAGACCAAGAUUUGGAAUGGAAUGGUCGGGGAGCUGGUGUACGGGAAAGCGGAAAUCGCUGUGGCCCCAUUGACAAUCACGCUGGUCCGGGAGGAGGUGAUCGACUUUUCCAAGCCCUUUAUGUCACUGGGCAUCUCCAUCAUGAUCAAGAAGCCCCAGAAGUCCAAACCUGGGGUGUUCUCCUUCCUGGACCCGCUGGCCUACGAGAUCUGGAUGUGCAUUGUGUUUGCCUACAUCGGCGUGAGCGUGGUGCUCUUCCUGGUCAGCCGCUUCAGCCCGUACGAGUGGCACACCGAGGAGCCCGAGGAGGGCACCGACGGUCCGCCCAGCGACCAGCCCCCCAACGAGUUCGGCAUCUUCAACUCCCUCUGGUUCUCCCUGGGCGCCUUCAUGCAGCAGGGCUGUGACAUCUCCCCCAGGUCUCUAUCUGGGCGUAUCGUGGGUGGUGUGUGGUGGUUCUUCACCCUCAUCAUCAUCUCCUCCUACACGGCCAACCUGGCUGCUUUCCUCACAGUAGAGAGGAUGGUGUCGCCCAUAGAGAGUGCUGAAGACCUGGCUAAACAGACAGACAUAGCCUACGGCACCCUAGACUCCGGCUCCACUAAAGAGUUUUUCAGGAGGUCAAAGAUCGCAGUCUACGAGAAGAUGUGGGGCUACAUGAAGUCGGCCGAACCGACUGUGUUUACCAAGAACACCCAGGAGGGGGUUGUACGUGUGCGGAAGAGCAAAGGGAAGUACGCUUUCCUAUUGGAGUCAACCAUGAACGAGUACACGGAACAGCGGAAGCCCUGCGACACCAUGAAGGUCGGCGGCAACCUGGACUCCAAAGGAUACGGAGUGGCCACCCCCAAGGGUUCACUGUUAAGAAGCGCAGUUAACCUGGCAGUGUUAAAACUGAAUGAACAAGGCCUGUUGGACAAAUUGAAAAACAAGUGGUGGUACGACAAGGGAGAGUGUGGCAGCGGCGGAGGUGGCGAGAAGGACAAGUCGUCUCAGGCCCUGUCGUUGAGCAACGUGGCGGGGGUCUUCUAUAUCCUCGUGGGGGGCCUGGGCCUGGCCAUGCUGGUGGCCCUCAUUGAGUUCUGCUACAAGUCCCGGAACGAGGCCAAGCGAAUGAAGCUGACCUUCACAGAGGCCAUGAGGAACAAGGCACGCCUGUCGAUCACAGGCAGCGUGGGGGAAAACGGACGUGUCCUGACGCCUGACUGUCCCAAAGCGGUCCACUCGGGCCCCUCACUCCGCCAGAGCUCCGGCCUGGCCUUGGUCUCCUCCGAGCUCCCGUGAAAACCAAAAACCUUCAAAGUGCCUUAAAAAACUACCUACCCACAACCACCAUAUACCACAAAGACACAGGACAAGCACCACCCUAACUGGACACCACUAUUGUCUGGGAAGAGAAGGACGUUGUGGACAUUUUCUAAUGUAGCAGAGAUGGGGACUCUAGUGAAUUGGUGGUCAUUUUAGAAGGAUUUCUGUGGAAAAGUACACUCUGGAUUUUCACUAUGGUCACGCUGGGGCUUAUUGUAAUCAUGGUGGCGUUUCUCGGUGCAGAGGUGGAGAUUGCGUCUGACAUGUACCACUCAAGACCCUGUACCAACUUACCAUACCUCCUCGCACUGGUGAAGGAAGAGAAGGAGAAACGAGAGUCAAGUGAAAAUUAAAAGUAAAUGACCAGAAAACUGUAAACUUUAAACGUGUAACUGUGUAUCUCUGGGUUGCUGACUGUGAAUUGGCAAACUGAAUCACAAUCAAAAAGUGGACAAUAUUUCUUACCAGUUGAGAACAGUGUUUGAAAGACAACUGUCAGUCAACAAUUCACUACAUAUAAAUCCCUGACAUCAUGAGGCGGAGUGUCCCCCGGUGUCACCAUGGAGAUAACUAUAAUUAUUGAUGAACUACAGUAACUCUAUUGACAAUUAAUAUAUGAUAAAUAAACUGUGAAGAUUUAGUAAAUAUGUAUAUUCUGUGAAGACAAAAGCUAAAGAAAAAAUAUGUGCGGUACGUAGAGGAGACGGCAUAACAUGCUUGCUUUCUAAACAGAUGUAAAUAGCUGAUUCGGUUAGUGGACAGAGGACUGUUCUCUUUUUGUAAACAUCUUUAAAGAAAUCAUUCAUCGCAAUAAUGGAUAAAACGUUUGAGGAGAGACAUUGAGACAGUGUUUUAUUUCUUCGAUGUUCAGUACACAGAGUACUGUGUUCAGAAGACAGAGUGCUGAACAUUCAUGCUCAAUGUUCCAUGGGUGUAGUAUCAACUCUCCCCAUCCCGUUCCCCUACAUAUUAAUAUAUUCAGCGAUGAAUGUUAACUAGC